UGCGCGGGUGUUAGGUUAGCGCGAGGCGUGACCUAGUUGACAGGCUCUGAGGUGCUGCUGUGGCGGCUGCGGCGGGGCUCUGGCGGGUGGGAGCCGGAGCCGAAGGCGAGCGCGGGGAGCGGGAGGAGGGCGGCGUCUGGAGAGCGGCGAGCGGCGCGGGACGCGGAGCCUCUGUCACUUUUUCCCUCCCGAGUGCCCCCUCCCACCCUCCCACUCACACACACACCCUGUUUGCCCGUGAGCCUGGGGAACUUGCAGCUUAAAGCCAGCCACCCCCACGGCAACAUGUACCCCAGCAACAAGAAGAAAAAGGUGUGGAGAGAGGAGAAAGAACGUUUACUGAAGAUGACCUUAGAGGAGAGACGCAAAGAAUAUACAAGGGAUUAUGUUCCCCUGAACACCAUCCUAACGUGGAAGGAGGAGAUGAAGGGCAAGAGCCAAAAUGAUGAAGAAAAUUCUCCAGAAACAUCCCAGGUGAAAAAAAGUUUGAGUGAUAAAGUUUCUCUCUAUCGAGGUGACAUCACAUUGCUAGAAGUAGAUGCUAUAGUCAAUGCGGCAAAUGCCAGUCUUCUUGGAGGAGGAGGUGUGGAUGGCUGUAUUCACAGAGCAGCUGGCCCCUGUUUGCUAGCUGAAUGUCGUACCUUGAAUGGCUGUGAAACUGGACAAGCAAAAAUCACAGGUGGCUAUGAUCUGCCAGCGAAAUAUGUCAUUCAUACUGUAGGACCAAUAGCCAGAGGACAUAUAAAUGGUUCCCACAAGGAAGACCUUGCAAAUUGCUAUAAAUCAUCCCUGAAACUGGUAAAAGAAAAUAACCUCCAUUCUGUUGCUUUCCCCUGCAUCUCAACAGGAAUUUAUGGUUUCCCGAAUGAGCCUGCUGCUGUCAUUGCUCUCAGCACCAUUAAAGAGUGGCUGGCCAAGAAUCACCAGGAGGUGGAUCGGAUCAUCUUCUGUGUUUUCUUAGAAGUUGACUUCAAAAUCUACAAAAAGAAAAUGAGCGAGUUUUUCCCUGUAGAUGAUAUUAAUGAAGAAGACAUUGACAUGAAAGAAGAUGCAGAGGGUGCAGAGCCAAAAGGCCUCUCACCACCCCACAAGAAAAGCAAAGCAAAGAAACCAGAAUGUUCCAAGGGAUCUAGUGAGGAUGAGAAUGGUCCAGAUGAAAAACAAAGUACUGAAGAAAUGGAAGGACAGGACCAAGAAGCAGAUGGUGUCAGCACUGCUACUGAGACCAAUCCUGUUUCAGAAGAGGCAGUUGAAGCAUGUAAAGAUGAAGAUUCUCCAAAGGAUGACAAUAUUAUGAAAGACAAUGAAGUAACAGAUCAUUCUUCUCCUGACCAAGAUUGUUCCAAUGGACAAGAAAAUGAUUCAACAAAGAAUGAAAUAAAAAAUGAGGCAGAGUCCCAGAGCUCAAAUAUGGAAACAGAAGAGCCUUCAUCAGACCAAGAAAAUGACACAACUGUGGAGCAACCAGAAAUGAGUCAACCAACGGAUGACCAAGAAGAAAAAGAUCCUGAAAAAGCUCAAGAUGAGGACACACCUAGAGUCCCUGUGAAAAGUGAAGUCUCCGAUGACUCAGAAAAUUCUCCAAGUCCUGAUGUUGAAAUGAAUAGCCAGGUUGACAGUGUAAAUGACCCAACAGAGAGCCAGCAAGAUUAACUAAUAGCAGGGGCUCACGAUGGCGCAAAGGAGCACUUAAAAGAUGGAAGUAAAUGUCAGUCCUCAGCAUGGCAGACCUCUGUGCCCGGGAGGCAUCAUUGCUGCUGUGGAGGGAGGGGGAGGGGGGAAGGCAAGUCCCAUGGAAGGGCAAGGAAUACUUUACUCUAAUUUCCUCACCUGUGUUUUGUUCUGUUUACUUUAAGACAAAAAACAAACAAACAAAAAAACAAAAAAAUCCCGGUUGUUUCUUUAAUUUGGUGGGAGGAUAUGUUAUGACAUCUUUCUGGCACUCUCCCUGUAAUUUCUGUCUUUUCUGUCAUAAUUUUGCUCCAGAGCCACAAGUUUACCACUCACAUGUUCGUCCUGGCCUGUCUGCUUUCUCCAUUAUUUCACAAAGCAGGUUGUACAGUGAUUUCUUUAAAGAAAGCGAAGGGAGUUCAUUGUUGCGAUAGGCUGCAGGCUAACUUUUAGGAAUCACCAAAUCCAAUAGCACAGACAAAAGCAAGCAGGACAGAAAUUGGCAAAACCUUCAGCAGUUACUUGAAAGGUCAGCAAAAUGAACUGAAAAUAUUGAAUUUAGGAUUCCCAGGGUUUUACUUUUUUUCAUAUGGUUAAUGAGGAAUAUGGAAGACAAAUUGAACCCUGAUUAAACUGCAAAGGUUCAACUUCCUAGGUGGGACCUGAUUGCCAUAGGGGUCUCUUCCCUUAUAGUCAAGUUUUAUUUCUGACAGUGACUUUCAGCAAAGUUUACAUGGUUCAUAGAUCUUUAUGAUGUGAGUCAGCAUGGAGCCUACCAGUGAGAUGUGACUCAGGGACCAAACUGUAAGGAAUGGCACUUAUUUUUAGAUGUUGAGUUAAGAAAGAGGGCUUCUGCCUCUGGAUCCAAACAUAUGCCUGUGAAUUUCAGAAGUUCCACUUGAGAUAUUUCUUUACACACACACGUUUAUGCUUUUCACAAAAAAACAUUUUGUAUUUACCAAGUUUGAUGGCCCACAGAACAGAUUCUUAUUUGAGGUAUGAAGCAAUUAGAAGUCUUGCUUGUAGUUUUGUUUCCUGGUCUUCUUUUAAAUGGAGUGGUUUGCUCAUUCCAUGUCCGUGAUUAAUUCCCUGACUGGUCACUUCUCCAAAUUAUUGCCUCAUUGAUUAUUUUCUCAAAGCGAAUAGCAAUAUAAGUUCAGAUAUCAGUGGAAUGAUGGGUACAAGAGAUCACAGGCCAAGAAGAAAUUAGGUAUAUCAUAGCUGUCUAUCCUGGAACCAAAGAGCAGGAACUUCCACAAGGUAAGAUUUCUGCUUCCACUAGCCUCCUCAGAUUUCAAGACUAGUCGUUUAUCUCUGUGGAAAUCCCCCUAUGUCUCUUCUUAAAUUAAUAUUGCUUCUAAGGGGUUUAGAAUUUUACAUUAUACCCGCAUUUUUUCUCAACAGAGAAAAGUAAUGGAAAAAAUGAGUAGUUCUAAAUUAAAGGGAUGUUCUAUUUUCUAAAUUCCCCCAUGUAACUUAUUUGAAGUUUUCUUUCACCUUAAGAAAAAUUUGUCCUUUAAUUUUCCAAUGAAUUAAUUUUCAUCUUAGUAAAUGUGUUGCUUCUCUGAAGGGCUGAUUUAGUAUACUGAAAUAAUUAGAAAGUCAUAUUUCUGUAUAUACUCCAAUGUAUAUACAGUGUAAUAUACUCCAAUAUUCAAAACAUUUUGGUUUUCAGCACUAUGGAUUGAACACAGGAACUCCAAUAUGUGAGGAGUACACAAAAAAAGUUGUUUUUAAGUUUCUCAUCCACCUUAAAGUAAUGGCAGCAACCUCACAAUUUUGUAACAUGUCCAACUCUUCUUUGACCAAUAGUCUAUAAUUUUAUAUACGUCAUUUACUUCCAAUAGACAUGCUUUCUAGAAAACAAUGAAAGAUUUAUUUUAAAUAAUCCAAGAAAUGGUGUCAUAUGCAUGCCCCUAGUUUCUCUACUUUAGUGUCAUCUUUAUAACUUCAUUGAAAGUUGCCAUCAUUCUUACAAAAUACUUGACAAGGGCACAUCUUCUGGUGAUACUUAAACUUUAGUGCAAACUCAUGCUCAGUAAUGAAUAACAGUUGAAACAAAAUCAAAGAGACAAGAGGGAGUGAGCUUUUUUUUUUUUAAUGAACAAAGAUGAAAGAGAACUAACACCCCUAUCAGGAAGAGUCAGGAUUGGAAUUUUUAGAAAGAAUAGCAUCAUUGACAGCCAUUUUAUGCAUUCAUUUCAAAUGUGUGUGAGAUAGAAAUGGGAGGUGGGAAUUUUGUUCCUGAAAGCUGUAAAGGAAAUUAAGCUUGUAUCAAGGAAAUUAAGAGCAUGGGGACUAAAUAGCACUAAAUCCUACUGUUGAAUAGUUUAAACUUUACUUGAUGGCUAGAUUGUUUUUUAGUUUUGCCUUGUUUUGCAUUCUAUGAGGUUUUGUGCUUUAAAACAAUUAAUGAAGUUCAUUUUCAUUUUAAAUGCCAAAAAAAAAUUCUUGCUGUUGGCCAGAUGGAAGACCUCAACACAGGAAACUUUCAUUUUUCUGAUGUUGUCAUUGCACAGACUGCACAAUGGAAAAUUCCAAAAGCUGAUUGAUUCUCCUUCACGUGAAUUCUGAAUGUCAAUUUCCAACCACACUUCAGCUCAGCUAUGCAGCAUGAGGGGUUACAGGAGGGAGAGAGGAAAAUGGCCUUAUAUUAGUCAUGUUUGCAUACAGAGAAUCAAAGUGAGCUUUCAACAUCAUAAUUCUAAUUAAAAAUGUACUUGUUAUAAGAGAGACAAAGGGGCUUUUCCUCUUCUUGGUAACUAUUCAGAUGAUGGACAAGUCUUCUUUCAUAAAAGCUUACAAGAGAAGCAUCCUAAACACGGUCUGUGAUAGUGGGUCAUAUAUUAGUCACCGCAGCUAAUUGUAAAUCUUUCUAUGAAACACUGAAAAGCCUCUUUGUGAAUUAAUACAGUUCUGCUUGAUGCACUUGAUUUGAAACGACAUUUCUUUGUAUGUGGUGCAUGUCGGCAUUGCUUUGAAAAAUAACAAAGCUAGCAGAAUAUGUUCAAUAUAUUUUCUUGGGGAAUAGGGUUUUUAUCAUAUGAUUCAUUAAGGAUUUGCCUUACCCUGACAUUUGUGAUAUAAAGGAAAAGCAGAAAAAGGUAAUUUUCUUGAUCAAGAUAUGUUUUUACGUAAUGCAAAUAAAUGUAGUCUGUUGCUUGCAAGGAAAAAAAUGUCUUCUGAUAUCUGGUAUAAACUGCUAAAUAGUAAAAAAAAAAAAAUGUACGUGCCUCUUUUGUUAAACCGGCAUUUAAAUGCUGAACUGCUUCAAAAUCUGUUUGUUUCUUUUCAUCUGUGCCAUACAAUAAGAAACUUAAAAAAAUUGUUGCCUUCAUACUAUAUUUGUUAGAGCAGAAUACAAAUAAAAUUUGAGAGGAUAAGGUGGA